UUCCACAUGGUGAGAAGGCGGUGGGCAGAUUGUGUCCGCUGACCCACGUGAUCACCCCCAUAAAUACAGAGGGAGCGGCGCGGCCACGGCACUGUGGCUCCUGCUGUCCCACCUGCAGCACCCAGGGAGGACUCCCUCACGUCCACAGUCACAUCCACGCAUUACAGACACCUGCUUCUGCUCUCUUGUCUCCGUGUUGUUGCUCCUCCCCGCACCGAUUAAAUGCCCGCUCGGCCUCUCAGUCAGCUUCACUUAGAAGAAGUCAUGACCGAGGAGCUCUAGGGUUGGAUCACCCUGACAGCAGGCGAACAUCUGAGCAGUUUCUUGCGGGCAUCUUCACCGUCCAGGAAGCCUGAACCAUGAAGACCAUUCUUGCUGCAUACUCUGGUGUCCUCAAAGGAACCGGCUCUAGUAUUCUGUAUGCCCUGCAGGACCUGCCAUCAGCAUUCUGGCCCUGCAGAUCAAAGAUGGAAAAACAUCUGCAGGUCAUCUCUGUGCUGCAGUGGGUCAUCACCUUUGUAUCGAUGGGUGCUGCCUGUACUGGGCUGUUGAUCUACAUGUUCUGCACAGAUUGCUGGCUUAUUGCUGCCAUUUACACUGCCUGGCUCAUUGUUGACUGGAACACCCCAAAACAAGGUGGCAGGAGGUCCUCUUGGGUGAGGAGCUGGGCAAUAUGGACAUACUUCCGAGACUACUUCCCAAUCAGGCUAAUUAAAACCCAUGACCUGCCACCCAACCGAAACUACAUAUUUGGCUUCCACCCCCAUGGCAUCUUUUGUUUUGGGGCGUUCUGCAACUUUGGGACAGAGGCCACUGGCUUCUCCAAGAAAUUCCCCGGCAUCAAGCCCUCCCUGGCAACCCUGGAAGGAAACUUCCGCUUUCCCUUGCUGCGAGACUACCUGAUGUCUGGAGGUAUAUGUCCAGUAAACAAGAACUCUAUCGACUACCUGCUGUCACAUAACGAGACAGGGAAUGCUGUUGUCAUUGUUGUCGGAGGAGCAGCGGAGACUCUGCACUGUUCCCCUGGCAUGAAUAGGGUCACCCUGAAGAAUCGCAAAGGCUUUGUGAGACUCGCUCUGAAGAAAGGGUCUGACUUGGUGCCAGUGUAUUCCUUUGGAGAGAAUGAUGCCUACAAGCAGGUUAUCUUUGAAGAGGGAACCUACUGGAGAACUCUUCAAAAGCGAAUACAGAAGAUUGUAGGCUUUGCUCCGUGCCUUUUCCAUGGACGUGGCCUUUUCUUUAGUGACUCCUGGGGCAUCUUGCCUUAUUGCAAGCCAAUCACCACCGUUGUUGGGGAGCCAAUCACAGUGCCAAAAAUUGAGGAUCCAGCUGAAGAGAUGGUUGAUCUGUACCAUGCAAUGUAUGUCAAGUCCCUCCGGUGCCUUUUUGACAAGUACAAGACCCGCGUUGGCCUGAAAGAGAGUGACAUCCUGUAUAUACAGUGAACAGAUGAAUCUGAACUGAACUGUGGCGCCGUCUUCACACCCCAUGGCCCCUUCCCCUCCUCACUGUUCGGACUUGGUUCCUGGUUUGAAGUAUCUCUGGUCUGCAAACCCUAUGUUUGUCAAAGAAACCUUUGCUCUCAGCAUUGUUACACACAAACAUAAACAUACUUUCAUCACAGGAAACAGCAGGUAUGAAGAAGAGUGGCUUCUCUCUGCCACUGUCACAAGGUUAAACGGUCUCAGCUGGACAAAUUAACCCCAAAUUCUGCAUCAAAAAUUGUGCCUUAGUGUUUUUUCCAUCUCCAUUUUCUAAGUGAAGGCAUCAAGUCUAGACUGUCUCAGUCAGUGGGGGUGGGGGAGGUUCUACUGGAUGGAGCUGGAGGAUAGCAUGCAGGACACUGAAGGAGCGCCAAUGUCUUUCACUCACAGAUUCUUGUGUUUUUUUCCUAAGCUCUUUGAGAUCAUGUUAUAUGCUAAAUGUACAAAUGCUGCAAGCUGAGGGUACCACUUUAUUAUUGGGGUAUUAAGCCUAAAGGUUAAUUGGGCCAAAGACCUACGUUGUCCCACAGGUGCAUGUAUUUCUACUGUAUAACUGCUGAAAGUGAACAAACUGUACAAAUUCAUGUUGUAAAUGCCCAAUACAUGUGCCUAUGAUUGUAUAUAAUACCAUAAAGUAUUCAUUUCUGUAAGUUUAUUAUAGUGCUUCUUCCUCAAUGAAUGCUGUGUUUCUAAUGCACUUUUUGUAUUGCUUAUUGCAUUCUGAGGUUUUUGUCUAUGGAAAAAUGCCUUUUCCAAGAGAGUGACUGUGCUGCUUGGCUUGAUUUCCUUUUCUUGUCCUACUGGUGAUCAAGUCUGAAAGGGUGUGUUUGUCUUUCAGGAUUGAGCUGCAGAUGAAGAUCAAGUAAUGUUGUGGGUGUUUCUUGAUCUUGAUGUUUGAUCAUUUGUACAGUGCAUUACUUUGUAACCAUGCCAUGGGUGCUAAUUGAAAAGGAAGAGAUUACACCGGGUAAUGCCUUAUUACUAGCAAUAAGCUACAGUAUAUUUUAGGGUGUCACUUGUGCUCCUCUAAAAUAAUAGUAUGUGAAUAUUGAAUGUGCUGGGAACAAUCAAAAAUAAGUAAGCUUGUGUCAUGUUGAUGGGCAUGUAGACAGGCAGUAAAAUAUAGGAUUGUUAUUUGAAAAGCAUUGUUCCCCUGGUUUCACAAUGGUCGACUUAUAAAGAACAGUGUAAUCCCUGUGCAAUACAUUUACAAUAAUAAACACAGUGAGACAUGUCUAUAUGCAUCAUCUGUCUGCAGAUAUUGAAA